AUGCGUGAGCGAGAUAUCCCUUACAAAGUAGUGAGCACCCCCAGCGGUAUGCUCUGGGAGUGGAUAGCGAUGCCACAGGGGCUAAGUCACGCCCCCGCAACGUUUGACAGAUGUGUUACGAAUCUGUUGCGAUCGGUGCGCGACUUCGCGCCGAGUUAUUUCGACGAUGUCUUCGUCCAUAGCCGGGCUAGGGAUGGAAAGACGGACGUGGAGGUUCAUAGAAUCCACGUCCGGAAGGUUCUUACUCUAGUGCGAGAGCAUAAGGUGUUCGCAAACCUCAAGAAGUGUAUAUUCGAAGCGAACGAAAUACCACUUCUCGGUUGCAUCGUGGGUAAAAACGGUGUACGCCCUGAUCCGGAAAAGAUCAAGGCGACUAGCGACUGGCCUGUGCCAGUCGACGUCAAGGGACUUCGAAAGUUCCUUGGCUUGGCAGCGUAUUUGCACAAACACUCGCGCAUCUAUGCCGAGAUGACUGUACAUCUCUCUCGUCUGCUAAAGAAAAACGAGAGGUGGUCAUGGAGCACUGAGUGUCAGCACUCUUUUGAUAGCAUCAAGAAAAGCUUGGUGCAAUCGCCUGUGUUGGCGAUUGCAGACCAGGAUAGACCCUUUCAUGUGGUCUGUGGCGCCAGCGAUUUUGUUAUCCGCUGCGCGUUAAUGCAGUACGACUCAGACGGCGUUGAGCGCGUCGCCUGA